AUGAUCUCUUCCGAAACCUCUUCCGAAAUCUCUCCAGCCAAGCCGGUUGAGAGUAUAAUCCAUCAGCGGAUUCAGGAACUAGAUCAGAUUCCCUAUGACAUUCGCCACGACCUUCCAUUUGUGGUUGCAGAUGUGAAUCAGCUACUCAAACAACAUCAGCGCUGGUUACAAUGCAUUCCCAAUAUUGUCCCUUUUUACGCCGUCAAAUGCAAUCCCGACGUGAAGCUACUCAAGUAUAUGGCCAAUCUUGGAGUUGGCUUUGAUUGCGCCUCCUUAGGCGAAAUGCAACUCGUUUGCGAUUUAGGCGUUGAUCCUUCAAGAAUCAUCUUUGCCCAUCCCUGCCACGCUGUCUCCGCAUUACAAUUCGCAGCCAAACAUGAAGUAAGGCGGACCACGUUCGACAACAUCGACGAACUAGACAAAAUCAAGAAGCAUGCCCCCAAUAUGAAGCUCUUGCUUCGUAUUUAUGCUGAGGACAGUACUGCUCUUGCUUGUCUGGGCAACAAAUUCGGGGCACCGCUUGACACGACAUGGGCUUUGCUUGAGAGGGCAAAAGAACUUGGAUUGGAGGUUGAGGGAAUCAGCUUUCAUAUUGGAUCCGGCGCAUCCAAACCCAAAGCCUUCGUGACAGCCGUCCAGAACGCAAGAGGGGUAUUCAAACAAGCGGAGAUGCUGGGAUUCACCAUGAGCAUCUUAGACGUAGGGGGCGGAUUUCAAGAUUCGAACUUCGAAAUCAUGGCAUCGACUCUCCGACACGCCAUCGAGAAAGAAUUCCCGGAUUCCAUUCAGCUCAUUGCUGAACCGGGGCGGUUCUACGCGCGGCCUUUCUAUACUCUGAUGUGUAAGGUUAUCUCUCGCCGCCGGCAGAUCGUCAAGUGCACGCAGACAGCGGAGUCGGACAUGCUGUACUUGAACGACGGUAUCUACGGCAGUUUCAUGAAUGCUUUGACAGAAGGCGAGACCUAUAAUCCGUCCGUAGUCGUGAUCCCGGCGGAAUACAGGGCCGAUAGAGAGCCGGGCCAACACGUAUACUCAGUUUGGGGACCGACAUGUGACGGCUUAGACUGCGUGGCCAAGCAAAUAACGCUGGAGUGCGAGGUGAAGCCUGGGGAUUGGUUGAAAUUUUCGGAUAUGGGAGCGUACUCUUUGGCAACUUCCACUCAAUUCAAUGGAUUUCCCAAUUACUACCACAUUGCAUACGUCACGGAGCACAUUUCCAAUGGACACGGGAAACUGGUUGGAGUUUGCCGGGAGCAGGGGUGCCCGGAGGUGGCUAGCGCCCAGGUGGUAGUAUAG